UUACAGAAGUCCAUUCAGAGCAGUGACAGUGCAGUUUGGAUGGGUUUUUUUCCUGCGCCCUCAACGACACAAAAAUCCACUCGACUCGGAUACUCCAUCCCUGCCUUCUUUUCUCUCCAUCGCUUGUUCCCUCCCCAUCCUCCUCCAUCUUCCAAUGACUCACCAGCUCCCCCUCCCCCCGAGUCAUACGUUUUCAUCACUUCUCCCACCUCCCUUUCACUCUCUCUUCAUCUCAUUCGCCCACAUAGGCUCACUCUCUCCACCAGGCUUCAAACAAACAGCAGGAUGUCAAUAGAGAAUAUUGUUGCUCGGGAGAUCCUGGACUCCAGGGGAAACCCCACUGUGGAAGUAGAUCUCCACACAGGCAAAGGUUUGUUCAGGGCAGCUGUGCCCAGUGGUGCGUCAACUGGCAUCUACGAGGCUCUGGAGCUCCGAGAUGGAGACAAAACCCGCUACAAGGGCAAAGGUGUGACCAAGGCUGUGGCUCAUAUUAAUGACACCCUGGGACCUGCGCUCAUCCAAUCUCUUUCCUUCCAGGGAAUUAGCGUGCUAGAGCAAGACAAACUGGAUAAUCUGAUGAUUGAAAUGGACGGCACCGACAACAAAUCCAAGUUUGGGGCCAAUUCUAUUCUUGGAGUAUCUCUGGCCAUAUGCAAAGCUGGCGCAGCAGAGAAAGGUGUCCCCCUGUAUCGUCACAUUGCUGAUCAGGCAGGAAACGGAGAGCUGGUCCUCCCAGUUCCAGCUUUCAACGUGAUCAACGGGGGCUCUCACGCUGGUAACAGACUCGCCAUGCAGGAAUUCAUGGUUCUUCCUGUGGGAGCGGAGUCUUUCCGCGAUGCUCUGCGUAUGGGUGCAGAGCUCUACCAAACGCUGAGAAGCGUCAUCAAGGAGAAGUAUGGUCAGGAUGCCACAAAUGUGGGAGAUGAAGGAGGGUUUGCCCCCAAUAUACAGGAGAACAGUGAAGCCCUGGAGCUGAUCAAGACGGCCAUAGAGAAAGCCGGCUUCACUGAUAAAGUGGUGAUAGGGAUGGAUGUGGCCGCCUCUGAGUUUUUCAGUGAAGGAAAGUACGACCUAGACUUCAAGUCUCCACCUAAUGCUGCCCGCAAUAUCAGUGCUGAGGAGCUGGCCAGCAUCUAUCAGGGCUUCGUUAACAACUAUCCAGUUGUGUCUAUCGAAGAUCCCUUCGAUCAGGAUGACUGGCCAGCUUGGUCACAGUUCACAGCCUCAGUGGACAUACAGGUGGUGGGGGACGACCUGACCGUCACAAACCCACGCAGGAUACAGCGAGCUGUGGAGGACAAGGCCUGCAACUGUCUGCUCCUCAAAGUCAACCAAAUCGGAUCUGUGACGGAGGCAAUUAAAGCGUGUAAGCUGGCCCAGGAAAAUGGCUGGGGUGUGAUGGUGAGCCACCGGUCAGGGGAAACCGAGGACACUUUCAUCGCUGACCUGGUGGUUGGCCUCUGCACUGGACAGAUCAAGACUGGAGCGCCAUGUCGAUCUGAACGUCUGGCUAAAUACAAUCAACUCAUGAGGAUCGAGGAGGAGUUGGGUGACCAGGCUCGUUUUGCUGGGCAUAACUUUCGCAAUCCCUGUGCCCUCUGAGUGCCCGCACCAUUACCACUGCUGCCAGCACAUAAGAAUUUUGAAUAUUUCUUUGAAAAGAUAUAUGGUUUCAUUAACUCACUUUUCCCUGUGAAGUUCAAAACACACAAAAUAUAAACUCAAAUAAGUCGUACAAUCAAUAAUAUGCAGUAUUAUUGUACCCAUUGUAGCUGUAGUCAUUCUAAAACCUCACUGUGUGAAAUUGUGCUUUUCCCUGGCUAGAUCCUCCUUUCUUCCCGAUCCCCUCAUCUAUUUCGUUUUCACUCAGUGCAAAAAUGUUUGAAUCCUUUGUGUCCGGUUGUUCCGUGUCCCUUGUGCUGCUACAAAACCAGUCCUCCUGUUUUUCUGAAAGUUAAGCUAAAUAAAGAGAUGGAUAUAUGUCAAACUGAACAAUUGUUCUCUUUUUACUUCUCAAUUAAGUAUUUUACUGCCCAGCUGGUAUGAAACACUUAAGGUAAAUAUAUUAUCCCAGCAAGAUUAAUGAUAAUCACUAUAAGCAGCUGGAGUUUAUUUAAUUGUUGAAGGUACAGGCAAUCAAUUUGAAAGCCCCUGCAUGGAAAAAAAAACUAAGAAAAUUAAACCAGUGAUGAGUGAAGACUGAUGGAGAUUCAGCUCAACAGCAACAGAUAAAAUAUUGGAAUCAUAUGGUGGGAUGAUUUUAGUUCUUGCCCUUCUCGCAUAAGUUGUUUCUCUGAAUAAUUCAUUCUCUGUGAGGAGCCCCUUGGAGUCAGGCACGACAAUGGAUCUGAUAUAUGCUGCUGUCGAAAGUAUUUCUGAAGACUACAACUGUCAAAUUGAGUCCAAGCUGUGUUUAGGAAUAAAGGUUCUCAUACAAAAAAAUAAAAUAAAAUU